AUGACGGCGAUCGACUGUUACAAUUUGGCUCUGAUGUUGUACAAAUAUGAAAGUACAUAUUACAACUACAAAUCAUAUGCAGCAGAGUGGUUUGAAGUAGCUCUUGAAAAACUCAAUGAGCAGGACGAGAAUCCCUUCACAGCUACAGAAAUCAUGAUGUACAUUGUGAAAUCCUAUUAUUACUCACCUAUUCCACUGGCCUCAAAAGUCUAUGCAUGGGUGGAGAAUCUAUAUACUUCGAAACCUAAUGAAACUAAUUCUGUUUUGCAGCUUUAUAAAACCGCUAUCAGACGACCCAAAAGUGACGAAACAUUUAAUCAGUAUACUGAUUUAGAAAGUGAAUAUUAUGCUGCGUUAUGUCGUAGUGAAAGCGAUGUACCUGCAACAAAUACGAAGAAGUUGAAAUGCUCGUAUUUAAAAAGUAAUCCAUUCUUGAAGCUGGCGCCGAUCAAGAUGGAGGAACUUAACAAGAACCCAAACGUUUUUCUUUUCUAUGAUGUCAUCAGUGACAAUGAAAUAGAAACCAUAAAAACGCUUGCUAGUCCUGAGUUGAAGUGCGCCCAAGUAUAUAAUGGAAAAUGUGCGGAUUUUCGCACCGGUAAAAAUGCGUGGCUAUCCGAGGAUGAGGAUGUCGUAGCAAAAGUGAGACGGCGUGCGGCUGAUUUCACCGGGCUGAGUCUGACACAUGCUGAAGAAUUACAGGUACUCAAUUACGGAAUUGGAGGACAUUAUGAUUGGCACUACGAUGCUUUUGAGGUAAUAAUAAUUCAAGUUGAGAGAUCUAACACGAAUUAUUAA